AACUGAUCAUACUAUCAGCAUACCAUAAUACAAUAAUGAGGUUCAAGUACGCAGGUCCCAUCUGGGGACCUACAGUAAGUAUGGCAAUUCAGUUUGUUGCUACAGAAUCUGAUUCCUAGCUCCAUCUCUUUUCCACCCAAUGUCCUGCUCUCCCCUUCUCUUAAGCUUCAAGAGCCGCAUCGGGCUCCAGCUUAAUGACAAUGUCUCCAGCAUCCCACCGGCAGUACACCAAGCAGAACCUUGGGCUCUUUGUCCUCCCGAUGCCCGAUGCCAGCUGGUAUGAGCGCCACGGGACACCGCUAUUAGAUGUGGUCGCUGUGCAUGGUCUGAAUGGGGAUUACCUCCAGACUUGGACGAGUGUAUCCCCGACCACGGGCAGGCCAACCACGUGGCUCCAUGAGCUCCUGCCAUGGAAACUCCCCAGAAUCCGGGUCAUGUCCUUCGGGUACAGUGCGGAUAUCCUCGCCAACACGUCUGUUGCCGGAGUCAGGGAGAAUGCCCGAAUGCUGCUCUCUCUGUUGCGAGAUAAGCGCGAGGAUGAGGGCGAUAGCGAGCGCCGUGACAUUAUCUUUGUUGCGCAUAGCUUGGGCGGGAUUAUCAUCAAACAGGCUCUUCGCAUUGCCAACAACGAGAGAAACAUGUAUGGUGGGAUUGCUGACUGUACCAAGGGCAUUGUUUUCUUUGGGACUCCCCAUCGGGGCGCAAAUGCUGCCAAAUGGGCGAGUCUCAUUGUUGGCAUCAAGUCGGCGGCCUUUGGUACCCGGCCAAAGAUAUCCUUCCUCAACUUGCUGAGGCCAAACUCGAAAGAUCUCAUGGAUCUCUCCGAAGACUUCCGGUCCAUUGCCACCAAAUAUGCCAUUGUCAGUUUCAUAGAGGAGGACAGGAUCAAUGGGCUAGGAAGUGUGAUUGUAGAAAGAUACUCUGCUAUCAUGGAGCUGGCACAUGAAGAAGCUUGUAUGAUAGGCGGCAACCACUCAUCCAUGUGCAAGUUUGACAGGGAGGACAGGCGGUUUGAUGCCGUCUGGAGAUGCAUAAGACGCAUCUCCCCGAUGUGUCAAGGCUCCCCAACUCCAGAGGCGACAUGAUCAUAUUAGGGAGAACUCCGGAUCUCUGUUAAAGACCUGUUCCCGAGCUACUCAGCUUACCCGAUCAGCAUCUCUCAUGAUUUCAGCAACGCCAGGGGGCCCUUCCCUGGGAAAGGAUGAACCGUGAUAUGCCCAUCUGCUCUUUCGAGCUUUCUGCGGUUGACGAUAGUCGACCGAAUUUGAUCAUGGCAUAUAACAUUGAAGUCACUUCGAAAUACGGUAGAGGUACAGUGUCGAGUCAAACAUGAUGGUUCUGAUUGCAACAGUAUUAAGCUUCAGGUAUCUCACAAC